CUGGCCUGCCUGUGAGUUUGUUCAUGGGGUGGGAUUGGAAACUGGUGGUGUAUGCACCCCAUAAAGCUACCUCCAGAUCUAAGUUCAGAUCCUAGAAGGGACAGCAGAGGCUAAUGUGAAUUGUCCUAGAAGGUUUUUUUUUUUAAUAUAUCUUUGCAAGGUACAGUGUGUGCAGUUUCUCAACUAAGAAAAUUCUAAACCAAGGUGUAUGCUUUAUUAGUUUGUGUGGCACCCUGUCAGAGAGUUCUACUUCCUCCCAACGGCCUUCUGAGUGAGGGAGCCCGUCUCCCCUUUUGCAGGUGCAGAAGGUAAUAGGUGCUGCUCAGUGGGUAUCUCCUGGGGCCAGCAGAGGACAAGAUGCUUUUGUUUCUUAUUGACCUAAUGGGAGGUGGUGGAACCGAAGUUAGGGACUUACCCAGAGUCAUUAAGUGACAGUGCUUAGAGUCCUUCCGACUUUGAACACCACCACGCUGCCUUGAAAGAUGGAGAGAUGGCUCCAGAAGAGGCAUGAGAGGACAGCAUUUUUUAGAUGGUAAGAAAACUUGUGGGAAGCUUGUAAUGUCCCAUAUGAGUUUAUAUGAGAAAACAGCUUGGGGCUGGAUCUACCUGUGUUAGACCUAACAGGGUGAUGAUACGAGACAGCCUGUCCCAUGGACAUCUUAAGGUCUCUGUCAUGGACAGAAUCCUGGGCCAGACCACAGUAUGGCAGUUAUCAACUGAUACAGAACUUUUCGUGAGUCUGUGUGACCAGUUUGCUCUCUGCUUCAAGAUUACAGUACUUUUGAUAUUAACCUGAAAUGCCGUUGAUUCUACAGAAAAGCAGAAUGAUAUAAAUUGCAAAAUGGAGAACUCUAUAUUUUGACCCUAUCCAAAAUAUUAGAGGACCCUAAACCCAAACAUGUAGAUGCCGGCUGACCCACAGUUGCCCGGAUUCAGGAACACUCUUGUCUUUCCUCUGUAUCUUGUGGCCCAGGACACAGGAGAGGAGCAGCAUGGUGUUCUCUGACUUCGGGAAAUAGAAAGGUAGCAAGUGUCACCUGUGAUACAGGUGCAUGUCCUUGUCUGUGACUCACUGUCUCUCAGGAGAAAGUAGACUUUACUGUCUGUCCUCACUGAGGUUUCUGGGUAGUCCUCAGUCUUUGUUGUCCUAGUCAGAGGUCCCAGAGCCCUGGAGGACUAAGACCAGCCUGUGGGCAGGGGCUUUAUCUUGGAUACAGAUGUAAAAAGGCACCAUGAUCACGUCAGGCCCUGGGCAGCUGUGUGAGGUGGGACAUGUACCUUAAGGGUGCCAAGCUCCCUUAGGUGAAGGAGGACACCUGGACUCACCUUCUUGAUUUUGGUGUCUGCGAGCAUCUUCUCAGAUGGAGCUCCAGUUUAACCAGACUGACUCUAAGUGACUCAGGUGACUACAGUCCAGUGGGAGGGGUCUCCUGGCUACUCCCCCACUAUCAUUUUCUGGAAACUGGGUGCUUUGUCACUACAAGUGGUGCUUUUCCUUUGUAUAGCUAGUGGUAAGUUGUCCUAUGUCUGCCUGGUCCCUUUGGGGACCAGGAGCUGUUUGUCAGAAUGGGUGGCUAAGUUUGUGUCCCAGUGGGUCCAGAAGAGGCAGUGCAUUUCAUUCCAGUGUGUUCUCGCCAGCACCAAUGUUUGGAGCACCCUUCCAAAACUCUCAGAGCAGAGUGUGGAGUUGCCAUAGGGAUUCCCUGAACCAGGAAGCAUCUACUGAGUAAGAAAGAACUACCAAUAAUUCUGCAUGCUGUGUUUAAAAGUAUUCUCUGAGUGGAUUCCAUGUCUUGGGAGGCAGUACAAUUACGUUUCAGUCACCAACUGAUUAGCAAGUGCUUAUGUGCUGGGUGUAGAGGUUGCACACCUGAAGAUGCCCGGCCCCUGCGCCCAAGGGACCUGGAGCCUCAUAGGGAAGAGGGCAGAUAGAGCAUGUACAUGAAUGACCUGGAGUAGGGUGCAAUGGCGUGUGGGAUCGGCAGAUAGAGCAUGUACAUGAAUGACCUGGGGUAGGGUGCAAUGGCAUGUGGGAUCGGCAGUCAGGGAUGGCCUGAUGGUGCUACAGGUCUCAAGUUCAAAUGGAACAGUUCUCCCCAUGCCUUAUUUGGAAACAGUUGAGAAUUCUUAAGAAUAUGAGAUGUUUUCUUAAGUAUAUUCUGUCAUCCAGGUUCUCAGAAUAAGUUCUGUAGUCAGGCUGGCAGGGACUUCUUGCUUUGUCUCUGGCAUGAGGGAAACAGCUGAAAGGAAUAGUGGGCAAGUCAUCGGGCAGUUUGCCCUCUCUGACAUGGGAUGGGGCACGGGCAGAUGUCGAGCUGUGUCUGUGGGUAUGGUGUGGGUAUCUGGGCUUGAGAAAAUGCGGAGGGCCUUGGGGUAGCAUGUCUGUUGGGCUGUUUUUCAGUAUUUGGGGUGUUGUACCCUCUGGAUUAGGUUUGCUCUGUGUGACUUUUGGAGGCAAGCCUAGGGUGGGGAAGAUGAGAGUUCCGUGAUGUGCUUAGGGAAACGGUGGAUUAUUAUCAGAGCUGGCCUGACUCAUUCCAGGGGCACUGCAAGGUGGCCAUGUGGACAUGCUCAGGCCCUCUGUAUGGGCCCUUGGAUUCUGUGACCAUCCGAGUACAGGGAGGUCCUGCGAUUCUGUAUGGAGCCUAUUCAAAAGGAGAGAGGUCAUGUCAGGUGAAGUACCAGCUGCCCUCUGCGAACUCACAUCCCAAGGAUUGCCAGGCAAUUGGGGUUAAAGGCCCUUGGAUGUUACUGGGACUGCAGCAAAGCUUCCUGGGUUCAUCCACUGCAGGAAAAUGAAUCUUGGAAAGCCUCAGGGGGCUCAUCAGGUUUCCCUUGCAUGCAGUUAGGCUCCGUCUCCUGUGUGCCAGCAGUGGUCUCUGCCGGGCAGCAAAGGCUGCAAGACGAACAGCCACUGUUUACUGAGCACUUACACAGUGCCAGACACUACUGUAUGGAGUGUCUCGUUAGUUCUUUGAUCUACUCCUAGGGUAAGUGUUUCAUCUUCAUUUAGGGGUAAGGAGAGAUUCACUGAUUUGUCCGGUAUUGCAGACAAUGGAACCAGAAGCCUUGGGCCUGAAGCCAGCACUGGGUGGCUGUGAUGGCAGGGAGCUUAACUACAACAGUCUUCCUUCCACUUCCCCACAUCAGUGGUGCCCAGUGUGGAAGCUGAACUCUAUUGAGUCUUCGAAGGUGUUUCCUGCAAACAUGAAGUGUUUUCACGUUACAUUUUCAAUUCCAUUCUUCCCAGUCCCUACAACCAUUCCCCCUUUAAAUUCCUCUAGCCUAGUGGUGCCAAACCGUUUUGAGUAUGAGGGUUCAUUUUUAUCAUCAGAAACCUUCUGGAACUUUCACAUAAAACAGGUGUGCUUUGAGUAACUGUUUUAAAGAAAAUUUGAGGGCAGAGCCUACUCCUAAUCCAGCCGUACUUUGAAAUGAAGUUCUAUCUUGUCAUCAGAACAGCAUCAGUGUAACUUUCAGAACAGCCUUACUUGUAUGUGUGUGACACCUGGAAUUUGACCUUUGUGCUGCCUCCAGUUGGGAGCCUCCUGUCAUCCCUACUGCCUCCCUUUUCUGAAACCUUGCCUGGCUUAAUCCAAGACCAUCUCCCUCAGGAACCAUUCAUCAUUUAAAACCGUGUAUUCCUGCUGAUAAUGGGUGUUGUUGGUUACGUUUUCCAUGUGAUUGUGAGUGCCUCGGUAGCAGAGCAGGAGUUCCUUCCCAAAUAUCUAGAACUGCCACAGCAUGUGGGUGACCAAAUACUUGGUGUCUUACUGUGAACAGGGCCAGUUUUGGGAAUGGCUGUCAGCGUUACUGAGCAGGUCCUAGCUGCCAGCAGUUUUCAGCACGUCUGCAUUCAAAACACGUGUAAUCUUUAUAGCAGGUAUAGAUUAAACAGGAGGCAGGUGCUAGUGAGGCAGCUGAGGCUAAGCGGACACACAGCUGGAAGGAGGCUAGGUGGGAUGAGACUGGGAUUGGAACACACCCACCUGCUGUCUGCCUCCCAUGUCACCUGUGAGAGGGCAGUGGGCGCAUGCUGCGCAGGCGCUCCCCUUUCCUGCCUGAGUCCAGCUCUUUAUUGCCAGUUUCAUCUGUACGCUGCUUUCAUGCCAGGCUGGGAGGACAGUGGUCCCUGAAAUGCUCUGUGCUUUCUCUGGAACUGGCUGAGGAGGGGGUGUGAGGUGUGUUUUCCUCUUUCUCUUCUGUUAUUUUUCACCCUAACAGAGAAGGCCACGCUUGAUCCCUAGACACUGUUCAAAUGCCACUUCGUCUGCGAAGCCUGGGUCCCCCAGGAUCCUUCAGCCUUUUUUGGUCAUGUGACCAAACAUUUGGCAUUCCUGGACACACAUCUCCCAAGAUUUUCAUUUGCUAUGGCCAGAAAGUGGGGUGCUGCUUUGUCCAGGCUACACCCUGUGGUGGGUCAGCCUCAUGGCUGCUAUGGAAACUGGUCACUCGUGUGUUGGGUACACAGCAUGGUUUUGUAGGGUGCUGGCUGUGUCUGGCUUGACUCUGGUGGGGGUUCUGUGGUGCGGGUGUCAGCAGUGGGUGAGUUACUGGGAGGACUCAGGUGCGUGUGACCCGUGGCCCACACCGAGAGCCCAGUGGGCUGGCAGCAAUCCCAGGCUCUGGCAGCCCCACGGCCGGCUUAUGCCUUCACACGGCGGUGUACUCUUCUCUGUUUUCCACCCACACUCCUGGUCACAUUGGCUUCCUGGGCAGCCACCUGCACACACUGGGUUUAGGUUCUUCUUAGCCUCUUGAUGACUUGUUUUGAUGUCCCCCCUUCUAGUCAUCAGGUUCCUGGCCCAGCUUCAGUUGGGUGUGAGGAGGUGGCCACAUCCUCUUUCCCCCAGGGUAAUGUGGUAGUUACCAUGGCAGCUAACGGCCCUCCUGUUCUGCAGGCCAGCUCUCCAGAACCCUUUAUAAACUGCCCAACUCCAUUCACCUCCUCGAAUCUUGCAUGGUGCCUAGGCAAGCAGUCAGCAAGCUGGCUUUUCAGCGCUGUCAGUGGGAGAUCCGUGAUACUGAUGUGAAGGGGUAUGAAAUAAGAACAGCUUACCCUUUUGGGUGGUAAUUGGUUCACAUUGUUUCCUUCCGUGUUCAGUUAGCUGGUUGCCUGCACAGCAACCUGUCUUUACUUCCUAUACUAAUUCUGUGGCCCGUCCAGCCCCAGAGGGAGGUUAGCACUGUGCUGGGGGCGAGAGCUCAGACACAAAGGGGCUGAUGGUCACUCAGGCCUAAAGGCAAGUUUUUGAUCAGGUGAGGACCUGGUGUUUCUCCCUUCCUCUUUUGCAGUGCUGUCUUCACACAGUGGGUCGUCUUCCUCUCCGUCCCAGCAGUUUCAGGAUUUUCCCCUCACCAAACUCCCAACUCUUUGUCAGAAGCCCCAGCAAACAUUUCCUUAUGCCUGCUCUGGGCUUUGAUUGAAUUAGCAGCUUAAUUGAAUUAGUUGAUUGGUUUACCCCUGAUCUGGUGUGAGUUCCACCCAAAAAGGCCCUCAAUAGAGGGGAUGUUCCCAGGAGACACUAAGGUCCUGUUAACGGGAGAAGAGUAGUGGAGCCAGUGUCCCUGGAUGGGCAGUGAUGUCAUCCACUCUAUGAUGUGACCGUCAAAUAGUUGGGCCUGCUGCUGGGCCCUGGAUCCAGAAGGAAAAAUAGAAGUAACUGAAAGGUAAGGUCGUGAGGAGCAACCGGGUGGUCUGGCUGUGUGAGGUCACCGCGUGGAGUUGUGAGUACCUUCUUGUUCUGGUUGAACCGCAGACUCUGCAUUUGCCUGUAGUCACCCUUGGGGACCUCACUGUCACACUGUCCUACUGCAGGUGCUGGCUGGCUGCAGCUUCAGAUCCCAUUCUGAGCUGGAGAGAGUCUUGCAUGGUGCUGUUUUUUCUCCCUGUCCUGCCAUUCUCUCCUGGUGCUUGAGUUACUGCCUGGAGUGGGGCCCAUGUUGGGACAGGUGGUGCUGUCCUGGUGGCCUGAACCCCCCUAAGGCCUCCUGCAGUCAUGAGGAGACUGUGCUAUGACCCAGACAAGAGCUGUAGCUUCUCUGAACUUGUGGGCCCUCGGCAGAGGCUGGGAGAUCUGUUGGGUCCGAUUGUCCUGCCUGUUUUCUCUCAUCUGUUCUUCCUCCCUGGGUAACCAGAAACUGAUACCUGCGUUUCCGUGCUUGGCUUCUUCCCCUUCGGUUAACAGAGAGGAGUAGAGUCAAGUCUUUUUUUUGCGGCCUCCAUUUCCCCCAACCCCACCUUGUUUCUGGGGGCUCUCAGUAAGCACCUGAUGUUGGUAUCUGCUCCCCUUUUGCCUGGCAAUGGCGGAAGUGGGCUGCAUGUUAAGUUUCAGGCUCCCCUGUGAGGGAAAGAUUUGUAAAUGGGUAUUCCACCUUCACUUCUGUCUUAAGGGAGUUUCUCAAGCAAUUCAUUUCUCACCUUGAUGGUUGCUGGGCAAGCAAGUGCUGCCCCUGAGUGAGGAGCCUGUCUUCUCCCAGAAGAGCUUCAGCACUGCCCUCCUGCGAGCUCCUCCUGCAUUUCUCCUUCACGUUUUCCCUUCUUUGACUACUGAGCUUAAAGAAGUGCUGUUUGGGAUUGAAAUUAGGGUGGGGAGAAAGGAGAGGGAAUCUUUUCUGUUUCUGGUCCUCGGCUCUGUGUGUGUGUGUGUGUGUGUGUGUGUGUGUGUGUCUGUGUGUCUGUGUGUCUGUGUGUCUGUGUCUGUGUCCGCCUGUCUCAUGGAUGGGCUGCUUCGUGUGUUGGGAAAGGCAGUAGCUCCUGAGUUUGACUUGUUGUAGAGAGGAAUUACUUUCUAGUUUCCAGCUCUGGAAACUUCAGGAGAAGCACUCUGGCUUGGCUUGGGGGUGGCAUGAGAGGGUCUUGUAAGAAAGUGGCAGUGCCCACAGGAAGUUUGGGAGGAGUUUCCAGAAGGAGCAGGGUCUUUUGUGCAGGCAGAAGCAGCAUGUUCCCCCUGGCUGCUCCAGCCCUGUAUACCUGAAGGAAAAUAUUGAAAACCCUGGCCUGGAGUGGGAGUGGGCGCCUUAGGUGUUCGGGUGUAUUUGGCAGUUGGUAUUUGCGCUGGAUUGUAUACACAAGACUUGCACAUUGCCUCUCUGUCAGCCCAGUGAGGAGUUGGGGUGUGAACAGACGGGCACCUCCUCGUCACCCUGGUGAUGAUGCUUCUGUGUUGAGAGCACUGUGGACGUGGUUUCCUAUCUGAUUGCUUGGUGGGCUCCAUCAAAUUGAGAAAUAGGAAGGAAGCGGUAUCAUCCGUCUGGGAAGAUUGUCAUGCCAGGUUGUCUUCUCUUUAGGGCGCCGUCCUUUGUGCUCGUCAUGGGCACUUGGAAUGAAUGACAAGGCCUAGCAAUGAGAGGUGUCUGCCUCCCUGGUUCCCUUGCCCCUUGCUGCAUUGGUCUCUCUUUUCUCUUCUUAACUCCUUCCAGUGGUGCCUGCUCUCCCCAAGCGUUUUGGCUUUGCAUAGCACUGCUCAUGCUCUUCGGCCCUUAAGAUUUUCCCCAGGUGGUCUCAGAACCACAGCCUCUAUGGCACCUGGACAGUUGCUCUCCAUUGCUGUCUCCUGUGCCUGGAUGUCCAGACAGCCCACUCCAAAAUGGAUACACCUUGUUCACCUCUGCCCUUGGCAUGCCGUGCUGUGUCUGCUGGUGGUGCCAUGAUCUACCGCUCUGUGGACCAGUUAGGGCCAUCCUGGAGUCCUCCUUCCUGUAAGCUGGACCUCUAGGGGGUCUACUGCAGCAGCAUUCCAAUCAGUCUCUUGCUCUGUCUGUCUGAAGACAGAUUGGGAUGUUUGACUUCUCUGGUGGGGUCAUGUUGCUGGCUGGAUGGAGUCUCAGCUCGUUAGGUGGCAUAGAAUGGAGAAGAUAGCCUCUCUUGGGUGGAGGACUUAAGCAGAAUAGAGUUGGAACCACUGACUUCCAUUCACCUUGCAACCGUCAAGGAGAUUCGAUUUGCAGCCUUUGUUUUUCCAGAAGGCUGUAAGAAAUGCGGCAUAGGACGGCUUUUAGGAAUGGGACGUGGUCCUGUGCCUGAAACGUCCUGUGUGCUCACAUGCAUGGUACCUAAUAAUACACAGGCUUGGUGGUGGGCAGCCCAUCUAGCUCCCAUUGCUUUCCUCCUGGUCUCUACAUCCUAGUUUUCCUGAGAGCUACCCCUUCCUCUCUCCAGUCCAUGCCUUUUGGAUGGUUAGUAACUUAGGUAGGACUGGCCAGUUACGAGUUUGCAUCUUCUUGGGCAGUGAUUGGUUCGGAGACAGACCUGUGACCCAGUCAGAGCCUGUGAAAGUUGUAGCACUUUGCUGGAGUAGGGUGGGGAGACUUGACUGGGAGAGGAUGUGAGCUGGUUUCUGCUGGGGUUUGCUGCCUGGGGGGCAGCCUAUCCAGGAGUAAGACCUGGUCAGAGGAGUGGAAAGGACUAAGACCUCAUGGCUUGGCUGAUCUGAGGUGAACUCUACCUCAAACUUUUGUGUGUGUGUGUGUGUGUGUGUGUGUCAGAGUGUUGCUCGGUCGCCCAGGCUGGAGUGCAAUGGUGUGAUCUUCUGUUCACUGCAACCUCUGCCUUACGGGUUCAAGUAGUACUCCUGCCUCAGUCUCCCAAGUAGCUGGGAUUACAGGCGCCUGCCACCAUGCCCGGCUAAUUUUUGUAUUUUUAGUAGAGAUGAGGUUUCACCAUAUUGGCUAGGCUGGUCUCUUGGCCAGGCUGGUCUUGAACUCCUGCUCUUGUGAUCCACCCGGCUCGACCUUCCGAAGUGCUGGGAUUACAGGUGUGAGCCGCCACCCCUGGCUGCUCCAAACUUUUAAGCUAAGUGAGCCUAUGGUUUCCUUUCUUGAUUAAACCCAUUUGAGCACUUUUCCAUCACUUGCAGCCUCGGGAAUCAUCCAAGCACAUUAUGCCCCAGGAUCUGGGUCAGGCAGCCUCUCUUGUUCCUCUCCUGCUCCAGCCAGGCUCAGCUGCUCAUCAGUCAGCUCCUGACCUGUUUGUGCACCCCACCUGAUCACCUGCCCUAUCUCCCUCCUUGCCUCUCUGGGCUCAGGGUCCAGAGCCUCUGGUCAGCAGCCCUGUCUUCUGACUAUUCCAGGCAUCCUGGUCUGAUCUUUCCCGCAGCGCCUCCUGUAACCGGUCUGACGUGCCUGUCAUUUUCCCCACCCCCAUUCCCCUUGAAGGCAAAGACUGGUUGGUUGUUUUCUUGCUGGUAUGUAGUGAGCCAUUCAUUCUGUUUGGGCCAGUAACUAAUUUACAAAUAGAUGGGGGUCCAUUUCUGACUUCAGAUUACAGAAGUAGCAUUGCUUAAACAGGGAGGACCCAGUUGGAUUUGGGGUAAGAAUUCAGGCUAAGCGGGGCCUGAGCAGGGUAGUCAUUUGGCUCAUGAGUGUUGGGGUAGAAGUAGUUUGACUGGACUUGGCCAGACCCCUGGAGGAAGCCCCUCCUGUGAUCGUUACUUGGCUCUCUCCAGACUUCAGCCCUUUCCAUUCCUUCCAUGCUUCAAGGGGUCUGUUGGAGCCAGAGUGGCAUGGUCUGCACACAGGCGCUGAGCCUGUCCUGUGCACAUCGCUCAGUUCCACUAGGUCUGGGGAUUCUAGAACCUGUUGACAGAGCCCAGGUGGCCUAGUGAACCCCUCAGGCCCGCAUGAGCCUGCACAUGCCUCCUCCCUCCCUCGAGCCAGGCCUGGACAGAUACUCCCCACCCACUCCCCCACCAACCCCCGUUUUUUGUUGUUGUUGUUGUUUGUUUGUUUGAGAUGGGGUCUUACUGUCACCCAGGCUGGUGUGCAGUGGCACAGUCGGCUUACUGCAAACUCCACCUCCCCAGCUCGAGUGAUCCUCCUACCUCAGCUUUCUGAGUACCUGGGACCACAGACACAUGCCACCCACCCCACUAAUUUUUUGUAGUUUUUGUAGAGAUGGGGUUUCACCAUGUUGCCCAGGCUGGUCUCAAACUCCUGAGCUCAAACAGUCUACCUGCCUUAGCCUCCAAAGUGCUGGAGUUACUGGCGUGAGACCCCACACCGGGCCAGACACUACCCUUAGCACAUCCUCUGGACCUUAGCUCGAAGACGUUAAGUCCUUCUCAGCUGCUUCUACUUUGGUGACCUUGGAGCAGAUCACUUAAUGUCUCCAGGCCUCAGUCUUUUUACCUGUGACAUGGAGCUAGCAUUGCCAUCACCUGGUGAUACCAUCCGAUAGGGCUGAGGCGUGUUGAGUGCCUGGCACAAUCCCUAACCUCCAUUUAGUCAUCCUGAUCCUGAGGAUGCUGAUACUAUCUCCCUGUGACAGAUGAGGAAAGGAGUUUGGGGUGUUGUCUUUGCCAGAGUCCAUGCAGUUGGAAGUGGGGAAGUGAGGAUUUGAACUCCAUCAAUCAUUCUGUCACCAAGCCCAGGGCAUGGAUCUCAUUGAAUCUAGUUACCAAUCCUCCUUCACAAACCAAGGGCUGGACGUCAUCCUUUGGUGUAAAUCUUUAUGGGGGACUAUAGGGACUUUAUCCUGGGGCCAUAACAAAAAUGGUUACAAGGGCAACAGCAUCACCUCUUACUGUGUGCUCCCUCUGUGCCAAAAAUUAUCCCGUUUCAUAGAUGGGAUAAUUCAGGAAACUGGAGCGUAGCCAGGUUAGGUCUCUGGCACUGCACAACUGUGAGCCCAACUCCUCGUGCCCUCAGAGCCUUUGCUUUCAUCCAGAGAUAACCCUGCUGCCCACUGUAGAGGGAAGUGGGGUGCACAUGAAGCCAGUGCCCCUGAACUGGACAGUGCCCGGCAAGCUCAUUGGCUUGCCUGUGCCUUAGGUGGAGAGCUGGGGACUGUGCUGUCUUUUUCCACCUCAGAAGUCGGGAAGUUGUGCCUGAGCUGCCAUGGAGUGCAGAGGGUCCCCUGUCCCUUUCUCAGCCAGACAGGGUCUCCAGUGUCUCUAAAGCCUUUGAACCAUGCCAGCUCCAGUUCAUGAGGUCUCUUCUUAUGGAGAAGAAGGGAGUCUUUUCAUUUCUUAUGGGUAGGUUAAUGAAUAGUUUCAACAAUCAACUAGAAAUCCUCUAAGCCUCUUCCUCCCCUCCUCCCAAAGGAAGGGAGAUGGAAAGAAAGAAAAGUAUUUAAUAUGCAAGAGCUUGGGAGUUAGACCUGGAUUCGAAUCUCGACAGGUCUGUCUCCAAGUUGUAUGUCCUUGGACAAAUCACAUCAAAUAUUUGCUUAUCAGUGCUAUUAAUACUUUCUAUAAAGUGAGGACGUCCCUAUCCUACUAAAGGUAAACAGUGCUGGAUACCUAGUAGGUACUAAACAUGUACAAGCCCCUUCUCGACUUUUCAGGAAGGAGCCAGGGGAUAUCAUUCCCCUAGAUGAGUUUGUAGAUACUGAACUUUGAUUUUCACAAAUGCUGUUCUUUUUCAAGGAUAGUCUCUCCUUUAGUGUCAGCAACGAGCAGUUACAAGACGACAUUGCAUAAUUUACACACUUCUAAAUGCUCCCUUGGGGGUAAACAGGAAAACAUUGGUUGUAGAACAAAAUCCCAGAUGUCAGGAAGGAGAGGCACACUUCCUUGGAAGAGGUACUUAGGCUGAAAUUCACUGUCAGGUUUAAAACCUGCCUAGACUUUUCUAAAUCUCUCUGUGCUGCAGUUGUAGAUAGGGAUGAUUAAAAUACAACUUUGUGCACAUAAAACUGCCUUUCAAUAUUCAAUAUCCUUCCUGUGUAAAGACAUAUUUAGAAUUAACAGUCGUGGCCAGGCACAAUGUGGCUGAAGCGUCUAAUCCCAGCACUUUGGGAAACCAAGGUGGGAGGGUUGCUUGAGGCAAGGAGUUUGAGACCAACCGUGGCAAUAUAAUGAGACCUUGUCUGUACUAGAAAUCACAAAAAUUAGCUGGUGGUGGUGGCAUGUGCCUGUAGUCCCAGCUACUCAGGAGGCCAGGGUGGGAGGAUCGCUUGAGCUCUGUAAGCUGAGGCUACAGGGAGCUGAGAUGACGAUACUGCACUCCAGCUCAGGCGACAGAGCAAGACCCUGUCUCAAAGAAGACAAAAAAAAACAAGAAGUAAGAUCUCUUGGAUUUUACUGGACAGAAAAAUGUUGACGUAAUUGAUACUUGGAACAUAUACUUUGCACACAAACAUGUGGGCAGAAUGGCCUUGGCAGGUAAUCAAGACUGGACUUGAAGCCAGCCUGUUGCUGUUUUAUCUCUCCAGGCCUAUCUCCCACCCCACCCCCCGCAACCUGCAUCACCCUGCUGGCAGGAGCUCAGAGCUACUGUCACUCUCCUGGAAACUAUUUGUGUACCAUAGAAAUGCUCUCGUCCUUUGACCCAGUAAUUUUACUCUUAGAAGUUUAUUUACAGUCUAAGCUUGGUGGCUCACGCCUGUAAUCCCAACACUUUGGGAGGCCAAGGUGGGAGGAUCAGCUGAGGCAAGGAGUUCAGACCAGACUGACCAACAUAGCAAGACCUUGUCUCCCUUUAAUUCUUUUUUUUUUUUUUUUUUUUUUUUUAAGGAAGUUUAUUUUUAAACAGCAUGGGAGAACCUCCAGAAUCAUGGUGCAUCCACAGAGUCAAAUAGCCUAUAGCCGAAAGCAUGAUUCUGAAGGCUCUAUAGAAAAAUGGGCAGGCCUUGCUAUCGGGGGAAAGGAGUGGUUUUGUCAGUCAGACAUGACAACGAAAGACAUCUGGAUAGGCCAGUGCCUAAAAAACUAGAACCUGGGGUAAAAUGGAAGCACUUGUGUUGGUUGGGGCAGGGGGAAUGGGUUGGUUGUAUUCCCCUAUGCUACAUUGUCUUUUCAAUUAAACCGUAAAAAACUGAAAAUAAAAGUAGACUGCUCUAGCUUGAAGAGCACUUGAGCACUAUUGAGAGCAAUCGGCUGUGGAGUGGAGUGGAUUGCAGGCCUCUGUGUACUGCAAUCAGUGGAGAGGAUUAUUUCCCCUGUCAUGCGUUUCCAGGAGGUUCAGAGCAGUGGUGUGCAACACGACACUCCAGUCAAGGCCACCAGUCAUGUUCUUCAUGUUCCCAGAGGCCUGGGGUCCAUCCCACCAGGACUGACGGGACAUCACCUGGUUUUCUCCACACAGUGAAGCCACACCCCAUGGCUCUGGUAAACACCCUGGAGUGGUUCGUGCCUCUACCUUCCUCCCACCUGUGAGGCCUGGGGCCUGCUGCCAGGAUGCUUAUUCUUUGUCCCUCCUCUCUCCUUCUCAAGUCCGACCUUGGCCAUCUUCCUCUUGGUCCUGCCCCUUCCACACUGAUAAGCAGAUGACACCACUGUCACUUCACAUCCUUCAGUGGUUUUCCAUCCUUAGAAUAGAUGCCUACACUCCUUAUUGUCACGAUCUACACAUACUACAGGCCUUGGGCCCUUCUUUCCUUUCUCAGCUCAACUUGAACCCUCUCCCUCAUUCUUGUGUGAGACCCUUCUCCCUGAUCCAGUUCUUGUGACAGUCGGACUUCUUCAGGCCUCUCCUGGCCACCCAUUGUAUAGAGCGCAUCCAUGCCCUCCUGCUGUCACACUAUAUUCAGCCUUCCAUGUCAUGGCAUACUUAGGAAACAGUGGCAUCCACAGGGUGCAGUGGGUAAGUUGGAGGCGAUACUAGGGGAAAGUGCAAGUGCUGUUUCUUCCAUAGAAGUUAUAACAAAAGACUGGGCACAGCGGCUCAUGCCUGUAAUUCCAGCACUUUGGGAGGCCGAGGUGGGUGAAUUAUCUGAGGUCACAAGUUCGAGACCAGCCUGAUCAACAUGGAGAAACCUUGUCUCUACUAAAAAUACAAAAUUAGCCAGGCGUGUGGCACAUGCCUGUAAUCCCAGCUACUCAGGAGGCCGAGGCAGGAGAAUCACUUGAACCUGGGAGGCGGAGGUUGCGGUGAGCUGAGAUUGUACCACUGCACUCCAGCCUGGGCAACAAGAGCGAAGCUCCGUUUCAAAAAGAAAAAAAAAAAAGAAAGAAAUUUAAAGGAAAAUAACAUACAGGGUAUUAGGGAACAUAGUCAAUACUGAACUUGGGUUGAAUAACAUUUUUAUCGUUAUUGUUUUUAGAGACAAGGUCUCGCUUAUUAUUGUUACUAUUUUUUAGAGUUAGAGUCUUGCUCUAAAAUCUCUAGUUGCAGGCCAGGCGCGGUGGCUCAAGCCUGUAAUCUCAGCACUUUGGGAGGCCGAGGUGGGUGGAUCACGAGGUCAAGAGAUCGAGACCAUCCUGGUCAACAUGGUGAAACCCCGUCUCUACAAAAAAUACAAAAACUUAGCUGGGCAUGGGGGCGCAUGCCUGUAAUCCCAGCUACUCAGGAGGCUGAGGCAGGAGAAUUGCCUGAACCCAGGAGGCGGAGGUUGCGGUGAGCCGAGAUCGCGCUAUUGCACUCCAGCCUGGGUAACAAGAGCGAAACUCCGUCUCAAAAAAAAAAAAUCUCUAGUUGCCCAGGCUGGAAUGCAGUAGCGCAAUUAUAGCUCACUGCAGCCUUGAGCUACUGGGCUCAAGGGAUCCUCCUUGCAUCACUCUCCCAAGUAGCUGCACUACAGGUUCGAGCCACCACGCCUCACUAGUUUUUGUAAUUUUUUUUUGUAGAGAUGACCUUGCUGUGUUGCCCAGGCUGGUCUUGAACUUCUGGCCUCAAAUGAUCCUUCCACCUUGACCUCCCAAAGGGUUGGGAUUACAUGUGUGAGCAACCGCACCCGGCUCAAAUAACAUUACUGAAAUAACGUUGCCUUUUUCUUUUUUUUUUUUUAAAGAGCACUUGUGCCCAAGAAUAUCAAUUUUAUGUGUUAGGGUGUGGGUUUUGUUUUGUUUUUGUUUCUGUUUUGCUUGACUUUGAUAAUUGUUGUGGAGAAAUUUUGUUUGCACAAGAAGGUAAUAAAACUUAGAAGCAUUUUUUUAGUAAACAUUCAAAAACGUGUGAGUUGGCAUUUCUAAAGAGUCUAGAUUCUUUACUCUUUUCGUUUAUAUGUAGUGUUGAAAUACAGUAAUGCAAAUGGACCUCAGUUUCAUUCAGACUGUAAGUACUUCAAAAUAAUGAAGCUCUAAUUUACAUAAGGCAUCUACUAAGGUAUAGACAGUAGUAUGCGGGUAAAAGUUUGGCAAUCAGCUCUCAGAAAAAAGAAAAAAGUAUCCGUAUACAUACAUGUAUAUGCCUGUAAGUUUAUAAGUUUUACUGAUAUAAAGGAUGGGUGGCAUGUAAUUUGCAAAUAAUGAAAUAUACAAAACUGUUGUCAGUUCCACAUAGCCAGUUGCUUCUCACCAACUGCUUCCAUUGAUUUUUGCAAAGCUUUUGUAUCGACAUGAUUGAUUGAUAUCUUUAUUUGGUUGUUUUUGUUUUUAUGAGACAGAGUCUCACUCUGUCACCCAGACUGGAGUGCGAUGGUGCAACCUCCACCUCCUGAGUUCAAGUGAUUCUUGUGCCUCAGCCUCCCAAGCAGCUGCAACUACAGGUGUGCACCACCACACCCAGCUAAUUUUUUGUAUUUUUAGUAGAGACGGGGUUUCACCAUUUUGGCCAGGCUGGUCUUGAACUCCUGGCCUCAAGUGAUCCACCUGCCUUGGCCUCCCAAAGUGCUGGGAUCACAGACAUGAGUCACUGCACCCAGCUUGUUCGAUAUCUUUAUUGUGUUAAUGAGUCAAGUGAUGUCUUUGCCGAAUUGGAUAAUAGUUUUCAGAUAUCUAUACUAUAAAAAUUUUUUCUCAGUUGUUUUUGCUAUUCCCAAUGUAGUGACUUUAGACACAACACAGUUUUUAAGUUUAAUUGCAUUAUUAACAUUUUCUCCAUCAAUUUCGUUUUUUUUUUUUCCUCCUGGUUUAAAAAGGACUUGUUUAUUUUGAGGAAAAAAGGUCCCAAACAUCAGGCCGUUCACAAAAACAACCCACAGUAUCAACUUUAGAAAACAAAUCUUAAGACUAUAACACUAAUUAUUUUUCUAGAGGAUGCAUUUGACAUGCCAACUCUCAUUCACAGAAAUACACGUUACAUUUGUGUUGAACUGCCACAUACAGCACGAUAAUGUUGGGGUGUAACACACACACUUCUGACUCAAAGCUACUUUCAGGACCUACUUAACUAAAUGAGAUUUCCUUUGCAGUUAAGGAAGCAACUACUGAACUUACGUAUGAAUGAAAAGAACUAUAUUCCCUGCAUAACGAGAUUAUUUUGGAGACAGUUGAUAAAAACCAUACAUCCUUUUUAUUGUUAAGUCAUAAAGAGGUAUCAAAAUUAAAAGCAAAAACUACAGGGUAGGACUUAACAAAACUACUAGGGAUGUCAAAGGAAGUGAAAAUGGGACUAGGUGCAGGGAAAUAUGAAUUAAUGAACAUGGGAAGGACAAGGAUGGGGAGAACAGUGAGCAUGUGCUGAAGAUGCUAGGGGAGAGGAUCUGGUGAAAAAUUUGAUCUUAGACAAGCGCCCAGUUAAAGAAGUAAUGGAAUAAGAUUUCUAAAAACCCCACUAUGUACUUAAGAGUCAUCCUCUCCUUCCUCAGCAUCUUUUUUAUCAUCCUUGAUCAACUCCGGCUGGUCAUCCCCCAUCUUCAUUAUCAUCAUCAUCCAGUAGGUCCCCCUCCUCAGCAGAGUCAUCUGCACCCCUCUCAGACUACAUCUUCACAUUAGUCUCAUCUUUUCUUCACGGAGCUGCUGCUCUGCUCUUCUUCUGACUCAUCAUUUUUCAUCUCUACUGCUUGUUUGCUCUAUUGCUUUUCAAUUUUUUCCAGGUUUUCCAGAAGAGAAUCCACUUUUUGUUUUAUCUGGGUCAGCUCCUUCUUAAUGGCCUGAAGGUCAUCUCCUUUCAACUUUCCAGACUUGGAAGAUCCCGCUGUCCACUCUUAGAAUUGAAGCCACUUUUGUCCCUUCGUGGGGUGUUUGCUGAUACAUGCUGACGUUUCAAGGGCACGACAGCCCAAGCAAUAGGAGGAGGAGGUACACGUGCUAGAUCCGGAACAUGGUGGCGGUGCUGGAAGUCAUCUCCAGCCUGGAGAAAUACCCCAUUACCAAAGAGGCACUUGAGGAAACACGGCUUGGGAAGCUCAUCAACGACGUCCGCAAGAAAACCAAGAACGAGGAGCUCGCCAAGCGGGCCAAGAAACUACUUCGGAGCUGGCAGAAGCUCAUCGAGCCAGCACACCAGCAUGAGGUGGCACUGCGGGGGCUGGCAGGGGCCACUGGCUCUGCUAACGGGGGCGCACACAACUGCCGGCCAGAGGUCGGGGCGGCCGGCCCGCCCAGGAGCAUCCACGACCUGAAAAGCCGCAAUGACCUCCAGAGGCUGCCUGGGCAGCGGCUGGACAGACUGGGCAGCCGCAAGCGCCGGGGUGACCAGCGUGACCUUGGCCACCCGGGGCCGCCACCCAAGGUCUCCAAAGCUACCCAUGACCCCCUGGUCCCCAACUCAUCCCCCCUCCCCACCAAUGGGAUCAGUGGGAGCCCAGAGAGUUUCCCCGGCUCCCUGGAUGGCAGCGGGCAUGCAGGCCCGGAGGGCAGCCGCCUGGAACGUGGUGAGAACGACAAGCACGGUGGCAAGAUCCCCAUCAAUGCCGUGCGGCCACACACCAGCUCCCCAGGCCUGAGUAAACCCCCUGGGCCCUGCUUGCAGGCAAAGGCUUCAGUGCUGCAGCAGUUGGACAGGGUGGACGAGACUCCAGGGCCUCCCCACCCCAAGGGGCCCCCUCGCUGCUCUUUCAGUCCUCGGAACUCACGGCAUGAGGGCUCCUUUGCCCGGCAGCAGAACUUGUAUGUACCUAAGGGCUCCAUGCCCAGCCCCUCACCACGGCCCCAGACACUUGAUGCCACACAGGUGCCGUCACCGCUUCCACUGGCACAGCCGUCCACACCCCCUGUGCGGCGGCCUGAGCUGCUGUCCAGCUCGGAAAGCCCAGUACGCUGGCUUGAGCAGCCUGAGAGCCACCAACGGCUGGCAGGGCCAGGCUGCAAGGCUGGGCUAUCCCCGGCCGAGCCCCUCCUGUCCCGGGCAGGCUUCUCCCCAGACUCCUCCAAGGCGGACAGUGAUGCUGCCUCCUCUGGGGGUUCGGACAGUAAAAAGAAGAAGAGGUACCGGCCUCGAGACUACACGGUUAACUUGGACGGGCAGGUGGCCGAGGCGGGCGUCAAGCCUGUCCGGUUAAAAGAGCGGAAGCUCACCUUUGACCCCAUGACAAGACAGAUCAAACCUCUGACCCAGAAAGAGCCAGUGCGGGCAGACAGCCCUGUGCACAUGGAGCAGCCGUCCAGGACAGAGCUGGACAAGCAGGAGGCCAAGGCCAGCCUCCAGAGCCCCUUCGAACAGACGAACUGGAAGGAGCUGUCACGCAAUGAGAUCAUCCAGUCCUACCUGAGCCGGCAGAGCAGCCUGCUCUCAUCUUCGGGCGCACAGACCCCGGGGGCUCACCACUUCAUGUCUGAGUACCUGAAGCAGGAGGAGAGCACCCGGCGAGGGGCCAGGCAGCUGCACGUGCUGGUGCCUCAAAGCCCGCCCACGGACCUCCCUGGGCUGACCCGGGAGGUCACACAGGACGAUCUAAACAGAAUCCAGGCCAGCCAGUGGCCGGGGGUGAACGGGUGUCAGGACACACAGGGUAACUGGUAUGACUGGACGCAGUGCAUAUCGCUCGAUCCUCACGGUGACGAUGGGCGCUUGAACAUUCUGCCUUAUGUCUGCUUAGACUGACCGGCCCGUCAGCCACAAAGUGCAUUCCCAUCUUGCAGAAGCCAGGCGGGCAGGCAGGUGGGCGGGUGGCCAGGGCCCAGCUGCCUCCUGCGGCUGGGAACUCGGGGAGCCCGGCCUGGGCAGGAGGGAGGGGGCGGGAGUCAUGUGGUCUCUCUGUGCACCCUUCCCUCAAAACUCUCCUUUUGUGAAAUGCUGCUACCAGUUUACUAACAAAAUUGCGAAGGAAGGACCGUGCGGAAGGAAGGACGGCAAAGUGAGUUCAGAACUCUAUAGCAAACCAGCUAUAAAAAGCGUUAGUCCCUCACCCCUGAAGAGGUGCGGACACUUUCCAGCACCUGAAUGCUGGGACCUCAGUUGCAGGCAGGCACAGAAAACCUGUGGGAGAGGUUACCUUUAACACAGCAACAGAAGCACGCAUCUCAUCUCUCUUGCAUUUCCUGUUCUUUAAUUUGGCCCCGAGUGUCUGAGAGACAGUGGGCCAUGCCACAGCCUCUGUUUGCCCCUACCCAGCCACUGUCAGGCCAGUGUUGUCCAUCGUGUGCCAGAAGCUCCUCAGCUGUGGCGAGCCACUGGCAUUGGGCAGAGAGGCCAGCUGGCUAACCAAUAUGACCCCAACUCCAUGGGCAGCCACCUGUUUAUAUCUGGUUUCAGUUAUAACCCAGUAUUUACAGAAAUGCUGCAGAAAUUUAAGUUUUUUUGGGUUUAACUCCUCUUCCAUCAGACCACCAAACAAACUUUUCCUUUCUUCCCCCCUUUCCUUUUUUCCCUUCCUGUACACAUCUAGAAAACUUCACCUUUCUAGAGUCCCCCCUAAACAACACAAAAGUUACUGUGGGUGCUACUGGUUUUAUGCUGUACUGUGGGGCGAGAGGGCAGACCUGUCUGUACGCUGGAAACACUCAUAACCAUUCCUUUAGAUUCGUUUGCCUUAUGGUUAUUUGUCAUAAACGCGAUUUGCAAAAACAAGGAGCCUUAGUGAAUGUACAGUACAUAGACUUCUGUGUUCUCAGGACGCAGAAGGGAGCAACUUUGCUAUUUGGUCCAGUAAGUGGACACCUUGUGAUAUAAAUGUGGAAAUAAAAAAACCCAUUUGCACAAACCAGUAUGAGAAUCUUUUCUUAUUUGGCCCUUCACUGCCAAAUCAGCCCUUUCCUGGAUUGUGGAUUAGCCAGGAAGACCUAGACCCUCCAACAGCUGGGAUAUAGGGAGACAGGGUAGGGCAUAGCCUUGAAAUCCACCUGUUAGCCUGCUGCUGCAUUUGGGAGGAACCUUUUAUUCAUUCAGGGGCACAUUAAGGAACGUUUAUCUUGUCUCACCCAGACCUGACUGGCGUAGAGAGCAGGCUCCAUAGCACAGGUCUCUGACUACUCCCACCUCAACAAAGUUCUUACAAGGGAUGGCCCAGAGGCUCAGAGCUGUGUGUGUGUCCGGCAGCCCAGCCCUUGGCCCUGGCCCUCAGCUGCCUUACUAGCUGGUUGGUGCUGACACCAAAAAAAUGUUUCUCUCUUGGCUAUGGAGUGGUAAUAUUUUAGUUGUCCCUCAUCCCCAAAACUGUAAGCUAAGACUGGUUUUCUAGUUUCUCACUUUGGAAUAGGUCAUCUUACCUAUAUCUGCUUAAUUUCACAAAUGAAAAAACAGCUACAUCUUAAGACAUGCAGCACUACAGAGCAAACCAAAGGUUCCUUUCAGCCUGUAAAACUCCAUUCAGCCCAAAGCCAGUUUCAGAGCUAGCAGGGAUUUCUGGCAAAAGCUUGGUGCCAGGACACACCCCUUCCCCAAGAAAAGGCCAUGGGCGGAGUGGCUUUGAAGGCAGGAUGAGGUUGAACCCAGGCUGCCACCCACUAGCUGUGUGUCCGAACCAUCUCUUCACUCCUAUGCACAUGUCCCCAUUUGGGGGGUGAAAAUACCCCAGAGUUAAGAGAACUAAAAGUAUGUCAGUGGAAGUGUCUGACACUCAGCUGUGCUGUAGGGUGCCUGUAGUUAUACCACUGUGCCCGUGUUUAACAGCUCUGCUGAUAUGUGGUGUCCCAAGGACGUGACAUUGCUCUGAUACACAGGGCACAGCUGGAGGAUAUUAGGGUGCAGAGCUUGGCUUCCUACCGGCAUCUCUAGAGCUUUGGGAUGGGCUGCAGCUCCCCCUGCCCCUGCCUGCAGGGACUACCACACCUGUCUCCAUGUAUCCAGGAGGGCCUAGGGGGGUACUAAUGUUGCUACCUUUGAGAAGGCAAGGGUAAGCUAAGAUACCCUACAUUUGGGGGACCAAGUUGGGUUGCUGCUUUCUUCUUUGAGACCAGGUCUCGCUCUGCCACCCAGGCUGGAGUGCAGUGAUGCCAUUAUAGCUCACUGCAGCCUUGACCUGGGAUCAAGCCAGCCUCAGCCUCCCUAGGAGUGGGGACCACAGGCAUGCACCACCACACGUGGCUAAUUUUGGUAUUUUUUGCAAAGACGAGGUUUUGCCAUGUUGCCAAGGCUGAUCUCCAACCUCUGAGCUCAAGCAAUCCGCCCGCCUUGGCCUCCCAAAGUGCUGGGAUUACAAGCUUGAAUCACCCUGCCCAAGGUUACUGCUUCUAAUUGGACAAGUAAAAACACUGUAACGAAAUUUUAACACACUCUCCCCGAAAAAGUUGGAGUCACACGAUUUGGGGAACAAAAUUAUCGUCCUUGAAUUAGUAUAAGUUCAUCUUCCUGAAAACCUCGACUGUUUUCCUCCACUGGGGCCAGGGGCUGGUCCAUCCCUCUUGGUCCUUGGGCAUCAGGGGUCAGGGCUUGGCACCUCCUCUUUCUGCAGAGCCUUGGAGACAGGUGUCCAAGGACGCUGCCAUGGCCACGGUCCCGAGUGGCAGGGGAGCCUAAGACAAGUAGCUUCCCCAUUCUGGUCUUCGGUCUGUGAAAUGGGGAUAGUGAUACCUACCGCACGGCCUUCCUAGUAUUCAGUGGAAUGAUACCAGGGCCAGACCCGAGAACUGCGCACGUCGCGGUGGUUUCCAGAACACAAUUUCAGGGACCAGGCGCUCCGGGAUAGUCCCACUGCCAGAGUUGGCCACGGGCGUGCACCCCCACUUUGCAGAGCGAGUUUAGCCCAAGAGCUUUUCACAACUGGUUUCUUUCCCCAAAAGGUCUUUUACCUUAGAUGUCCGCCGCCGCCAGCCACUAGGAAUCAGGAAUCUAGUUAGGGGGUGCCCAUGUACCCCUCGUCGAGGCCCUGAUGUUUGGCCCACGCACAGACGCCAACGAUGCGAAGCCCUCCUCACUCCUGCUCGCCAGAUCCGCUCGAGCUCUGGCUCCGGGUCACCGGGACCGCCCACGUCUCGGGUAGCACAGCUUGGACCCAGGUCUGCGUCCCCUUCUUUCGCUUCCGGCCUCGGCUCCGCCCUUACCGGAAGCGCAUCUACAGUGGGCGGGGCCUGCACUAGAGACGUG